AUGUUGGAACGCCUUUUGAGUCGCCUCUUGAACAAUGUUCUGUCUCAAUACUUUGACUACCAGAGUAAUAAUAAUGGCGAUAAUGGCAGUACUAGUGAAGAGCCGUCAUCGUUGGGCGUCUGGAGUGGCUACAUUGCCUUGGACAAUCUUCGCCUCAAAACGGCAGUCAUCAAUGACAUUUUGCAGCAACAAGGCAUUCCCUUGGAGGUACUGCACGCGACCAUUCGAAGAGUGGAAAUCACCGUGCCGUGGUCCAAAUUGCGCAGUAGUAGUGGGCGCAACAACCACCACCACAACAAUAAGGAAGGAGCCGUGGUGGUGAUUGUGAUUGAUGGCAUUCACGUCUUGGGGAGAAUGCUCUACGAAUUUCACGAUGCCAAAAUGAGACAACGAGAUGUUCAACAACGACGAGCCAAACUCCAGGAAGCACAGGCGUUUGUGGAGACGCCGAGUGAAACAGCGUCCUCUUCGUCAUCGUGGUUCAGUAGUCUGGGAGGAAUCAAGGACUUUGUACAACGGCGCAUUUCCAAAGGAUUGGUGCAGCAGCUGGCCGACUAUUUGCACGUUCAUAUAAGAGACUUGCACAUUCGAUUGGAAGAUGCCGAGACGGAUCCAGCGCAUCCCUGUGCGUUUGGAAUCGUCAUGGAAAGCAUGCAUGUACAGCAUCGAGAAGAUGAUACCAUGAUGAGUAUGCCCCCCAAUAAACGAAACAACAGCAGCCAAGAGAGCAAUAACUCUCCAUCCGCCAAAAAUAAUAAUGGCAAGGAAAUCGUCCGAAAAGUGGCGCAAGUCAAUCAUUAUGCUCUCUAUUGGAAUGCUCUCGGCUACGAAGAAGGACUCUCUCUGGAACACUGCGUCCUGCAUCAACUAUCCUCCGCACAGAACUCCCCUCACUUUAUUGCGGCAGCUUUGGAUCGAGGCAUUGCUCGAAGAGCCACGGCCUUGUGGUCGGCACCCGGAGGCCGGCUGGUGGUUCCCACCCACACCUAUCUACUCAUGCCCGUCGAUUGUACCCUGCAAAUGUCACUCACCGUCGAUCCCCAAGAUACUGGUCUCCCUCCUACCAUUGAAGCUUCCAUGCAUGUCGAAGCCAUACGGGUCCAGAUACGAGACUUUCAAUGCCAUCAAAUACUAUUGCUCUUUCAUACGCUCAAACAACACAACUUUUCCAAACCCUACCGCAAGUUUCGACCACAAAUAUCCGUCCUGGAAAAUCCUCAUGCGUGGUGGAAAUAUGCCUUUCGGGUCAUCUCGUACGAACUCAAGGGAAGUCGCUUGCGAUGGUCUUGGGGGCGCAUGCGACAGUCGUAUGCCGGACGGUGUCGCUAUUGUGAGUUGUACGAACGGAAACUCCAAUACGACUUUUAUAAAAGUCAUCGCGAAAGCAUUGCACAAGAAGAGAGUCAGGACUUGACGGCCUUGGUAGAAUCCACCUUUGAUACCACUCCCGAUGAUGGGGCAGGGCCGUCGCUUCACAGUGACCAGCAUUCUACUGACAGCAAUAACAAUCCGCAAGAAGUAGACGCGCCGAGGCGACUGACACACGAGGAAUCACAGGAAUUGCAAAACUUGGAAGAUGGAAUCUUGGGGGACAUGUCAGUGGAUGAUAUUCUACUCUAUCGAUUGCUGGUUCAUGGAAGACUGGGCCAGGGAUAUCAGUUGCAACAACAACAAGCCGCUGCGGAACAGUCCUUUUCCGAGUCAUGGGUCUUUGGAAACCGAAUGGUGCAAAAUGCCAUGCAGAAUGAUUUGGAAUGUCAAAUGGAAGUCAAGAGACUCAUGGCGUACAUGGAACAUUCCUCGUCCACGCUGGAAGCCAACGAUGCGGGGCAAGAACAGCUGCAGAAUGUACUGUUUCUUUCUGUCGACCUGCAUUGGAAAGAAGGGUGCUUGUCCAUCUUUUCUCCCCUGCCGUCGACAGCCCGGGAGCCAUCUCUGCUUCGUCGUUUACACGAAAAAUUUCUCGAUUUCACAUUUGAACAAUUGUCUUUGGGAUGUAGUCUCAUGGGCGACUAUGAAACUGCGACAAUACACGUCUCCCUGGAAGAUUACAAGAUUACGGAAAUUCGCUCCAAUCAAGCGCGGUUUGCCAUUUUGUCGCGACGGCAACCAUGCCAACGUGAUGCCGCUCAAGCCAACAACAACAACAGCCACACGACAAACAACGAUUCUAGCAGAGUUACCUUUCUGGACGACGAAGAUCAAAAUGUUGCUGACGGCCAGGGUCGGCAAGAGGUGACGCCUGAACCACGGCAACCUCUUGUGUUUGCAGAGGUGUCAUUGAACCCACCCAAAGAGCAUGGAUGUGGAGUCAUGGUCAAGGCGCGAGUGGAAGCAGUAGAAAUCCUCCUCGUUCCUGACUGCCAGUGGAUUCGCCGCUUGAAAGAGGUCCUGAGGUACAGUUUUCCAAUAGGGACUCGUGAUUUGGAUUCAUACUGGGAGGAGUUGAAUCGGGCUUCUAUCAACGCAUGGGCAUCCAACACCUUGGGACUUCAAGCAAAAGUAGAGGCAGCCAUGGAGGAGCACACUCCCACUAGUCUGGACAUUGAAGUGCAAUGCCCGAUUAUUCAAAUACUGGGUGAAGGGGACAAAAAACUGUGGAUUGAUCUAGGCAGUGCGCAUCUGAAGACAGUCAAAUUGGCUGGAAUAGCGUCGGCAAACUUGAAACGGACUGUGGAGAUAUUACAAGAGCAAAGGAACGGAAGUAAGCGGCCCCCGCAAACCAAUGGUGACACUUCAGUUGUGAAGAAUCUUUCCUCUGCCCUCGACCAUGUUGCCACUAAGGACUAUUUUGAAUCAUCUGAUCGAUCACUGGGCAAAGCGUAUUUGCCGUCGAUUCUUGGUGGAUUUGAAUCCAGUCCAGCUGGACCUACCUUUACUUUUGAAAGUCAUUCUGUGACGAGUGCUUCGAAGCCAAGCGCAUUCCACAAACGAGAACGAGACCAGAGUUGGGGAUUCGGUGAAGGAGACGCUACCACACAGGCAACAAGGCAGUCUGAUGACAUCCACUCGUCGUUCUAUGAUACUUACCAGCUACAAUUUACAUCGGGGCAAAUUCUUGUUGGGGAAUGGUGUGAGUCGGUUGCAAAACAGAAGAGUGCGCUCCUCUCUCCUUUCACCGUGCAUGUGAACCUGCACAAGUCAAUUAUCCCGGCAGACCAUACACUUUGUCGCUGCCGCAUUGAUUGCAAUGUCGGUGAUGUAUCGGCAAGGAUAACCCCUUCCUCCAUCGUCUAUUUGGGAAAGAUUGCACGGACAUGGAAGAGAGUCAUGGCAGCUCCGCUAGACGAUCGGUCACAAAUGAUGCUGUUUUCAGCCGAGCAACGGUUUGUGUCAACAAGGCGCCUCAGCUUUUCGGAACCUGCAUCUGAGAAUGGGAGUUCAAAGCAAAAAUCCAUGCCCCUGGGAGAGUCGGUUGACAGUGGCAGUCGCGUUGACGAAGACGAAUUCUUUGACGCAGUGGAAAACGACGACAAUUCAGAGAUCACCAUGUGGCUCGAGGACAAUUGGAUAGCCGACGCAGACAGCAUCCUGGACGGUGAUCAGGAUGGGGCCACACCCAGACAGAGGCGCCCCAAGACUGCCAUGUCUGAUGUGUCCUCUCUGUCAGACCGUUCUUUGAAAAGGAGGCGACGACCCAAAGAGGCGGGUGCCUACCUAAACGAAGAAAACCUCGCUAGACUUGAAGAACGAGUAGUGGAAGAAGAUUCGUUGGAAGGUAUCGACAACGACUCCGAUUCUUUCCAUUCGGCAUAUUCACCAGGUCAGAUUGCUGAUUUGAUCUCCGAGAUGGAGAAGACCAUAGACGACACUCGAAAACGUCUGGAUGUGCUGCAAAACAAAGUGGAGGAGCUGUCGAUUUCUAGAAAGAAUCAGUCAAAUCGAUCGGUUACAUCAGAUUCAACUAAGCAUCGGCGUCUUCUGAAGAAGUCGUUGAGACUGGAACAAGAUCGCCUUCGCGCAGAGCUCAACGAGUUAGUUGCGACGCGUCAUGACCUGAAUGUCCAGCUGCAGGCUCUCGAGGGCAAACAAGAAGACGUCUCGCACGUCCACGCCCCUGUCAGAAGGGCUUCGCUCUUGCUCAGUACGAGCAAAACAAAGGCCACAGCCUUGGAUGCAAUUGCCAUGCAGCAUAGCUUGACCCGCAACCUCAAUCCGCAGCUUUUACAAUGUACUGUUGUGCUCAACAAGCUAUCGGUGGACUUCGCCGACGUCCUUGACCCACAAUCUCAGGGCAAAAGUAUGGAUACGGUGGUCUGUGUAUCCAAUAUUGCGCUUGCCUUGCGGCAUUCAGCAAAUGAGACGAAGGCAUUUCUCAGCGUGGAGCAUAUGAGUGCUUGCUACACCAACAACAAUGGGUCAAAGAGCACGACUCGUUAUGUGCUGCUAGGUGGUUCGCAGUACUCUCAGGGUGGUGCGGGGAUGCUGUCUUCCCAUUUUCCACAGUACCUGUCGACGGUGUCAAUGGAAGACAAGUUCUUAAAAUGCACACUUGAACUUCGACACAAACCAACAGGGAAGGACACGUCAUCCCCGCCCGAAGUAGCACGAGUGCGUGUAGCAUUCGGUGAUCUGGAAGCUACGCCUGAGCCUCAACUAAUCGAAACGCUGCUGUCGUGCUCUUCAGCUAUUGGGAAAGAAAUUGAGCCUGAGUCUGUGCCUGAGGAGGCCAGCUCAAGCGAAGUUGAAAAGGUCGAGGGGGGUCAGAAUCUGCCUGCCUACGUUGAUAUCUGUGUCCAGUGGUCGUCGGUGAGGGUUGUUCUGAACCUAGGAGGAACUCCUGUAGCAGCUCUCACCGUGUCCGAAAUUGCCGCAAGAUUCGCGUUGUCCUCGGCACAAAGUUCCUUCAACAACCGAUAUCAAGUUGACUUGCGCUGCGGCAAUCUGCAGCUGCUUCACAUUGAGGACUUAAUGUUGGGGAAGGGUUCAGAGAUGGUCGGAAGGCGAGACCCGUACCUCCCCCUCUUCCAAGUUAGACUACGAAGCAUGCUUGUUCCAUCAUCUGAAGUUUCUGGAUGGGUCGCUGGCCUCAAGACAAUCGUCCAAGACGACAACGACAGCAAAGUCUGGAACACACAUCUUGGAGUAAAGGUGAAUAGCCUUAGUGUAUUUGUUGCCGGUCAGCCCGUCGUGCAGUUUCUUCGUUCCGUCGAAGAACUGGUCGGUGCUCUUUCUCAACAACCCACCAACAAACCUUGCGGGAAGCCAACGAAAGAAUCAGAGGCUAGUAGCAUCAAGACCAGAAAGAUGAAUGAUGUCAACGAGAAUUCGUCCAGAGUGCCUAUCCGAUGGAGAGCUGAUGUUGUUGUUAGGAAAACAUCAAUUACGAUUGCCGGUAGAGACAACAGCGAUCGAGAGCUGCCAGAGAGUGGUCGGGGGGAUAGUAGCCGCGGAUCAUUGACAAUAAUGUGGACUCUUCUUCUUUCAUUAGAGGAAUGUCCAUACAAAGACCAAGCUACAUGCGUCGACAUGGCUUUGGUGGACAUAGGCGCACUUCGAUCCGUCGACGAGAUGCAAGUUAUUGAACCACUCGACGUGUUGAUGAGAGGCCACAUUGGAUUCAGCCUACAGAAACAUCGAGCAGUUGUCCCCAAUAUCAAGUUGCCGGUUGACUCUCCUUGGAACGAGAUUGCCACAGUGAUGCAGCGUCAUGGUUGGCAUGCUUCAAGGACCGGCGCAGACAUGGAGAUUCCCACACACUUGUCGUUGUUGGUGACAGCCACAAAGAUCCAUGUCUCUCCGCAGCUGCUGUCCUUCUUGGUGGACUUUGCUGGUUCUUUCUCCACGAGUAUCGACCAUCGUUCAUCGACCAAACCUACUGCUGGAGACGAUAUUGCGGAGGCGAAAGAAUCCGAUAAGUCGCAGGCUCUGCAUUCAAAAGUACCAGAUUUCAGGCUCAAAGUAGCCCUUCAAUCUGCUGACAUAAUCCUGAACAAGUCUACAGGAUCCUUCGCCUCGUUUGCCGUCAAGAACCUGGACUUUGAUGUUCACAAAAGAGGGUGCAGCCUGUUUUUGAAUUCAAACGUGGCCGACGUGCUAGUCUACGACAGGUCUUUCCGACCAGGUCUUUGCGUUGCGUCGAGGAAAUACUACCUAAGGGAUUCAGAAAAUGGAUCUGAAGCCAGUCCUCACUUCGUGUCCGCCAAGAUCCAGCUAUCAGAAUCCCUGGAAGCAACAGCCGUCCGAAUCAACCUCCAUUUCGGUGACAUCAAGUUCAUUGUCUCGCCUUCUCUAGUCCAGGGACUCCUCAGUUUUCAGAAUGAAUUAUCGGCACUGCUAAAAUCCGACGAAGAGACAAACUCCGAGAACGACGAAGCGAAUCGUAGCAAAGGCAGUGCGGACUUGAUGUCGACACACAUCGACUUCUUCUUUUCCUUUGUUGUCGAUGGCUUCGAAUGUGUGUUUCCAUCCAGGGACAUUCCAGCCUAUAUUCGUGAACAAGCCAACGCGGCCAUCAACGUGGUGUCGUUCAGGUGGAAAUCCAGCGGCGAAGCCGCGUUCAUUCUUUGUGGUGUAGAAGCGGGGUCAGGGAUCGAAACCAAGCUUCAAUCCCUUGCACCGGGAAAAGGAGAGUUCCGAGAGCUCGUGGAUCACUGCGCAGCACAGACAAAAGCUCCCUUCUCAAAGUUGAUUGCAUUAAAAACGAUGCUCCUCGUCCAGGGCUUUCAAAUUCUUCGAACACAAAUUGUUGCUCUGGCCAGAUCCGAGAAAGACAUUUCGCCUUUCUAUUUCAAGGUUACGCGUCCUACCGCCGGAGAACAACUUAUCACGAACAGCUUCGAUUUCAACACUGUGUAUAAUGCGUUCGGCGGUCGAAUAUGCUUCCACUCCGAUGAUGCGACAGAUGAUGCAACGACCAACCUCAACGUUUCCUUUGCUUUCGCUCAUUCAUUGAGGCUUGAAGCACAACUGGUGGAUGUGCUUGUAUACAUUGCUCAAAGUCCAGGAGGAAUCAAUGACUCGUGGAGAGUGUCAGUUGCCCCCAUAUUGGAGGUGCUGAGCAGGACAGGCGAAGCCAACCCUAGAAGAGGAGAUGUGAGUUCCAAGGACAAGGUUGAUCCAGAACCCAGUUCACUCGCCAACGCAAUCAAGAGAGCGUCAGCGAUUGUUUCCAUCCAGGCCGAUGGUAUUCGUGUAACAUGCGUGCCAGGUGGGGCAACCAGGUUGACCGAGAACCCAAUCAUCAAUUUCUCAUUGGUGAAAUUCUCUCUUGGAUUGGGGAUUUGUCCUGUUUCGGUGCAAACCAAUCUUGCGCCCGAAGCAGCGCUCGAGGGAAUUGUGGAAAAGAAACCUGUUGUUACUCGCUUGCGGGAGCAUCACCUCAUGGCAGGUGCAUGGCUCAACUGUGAGCUAUCAGCAAGUUAUCACAACAGACGACUUGUGGCAUGGGAACCGUUCAUAGAGCCCUGGAAUAUGGAGGUACGGUUUGGCGCAGACCUCGUACGGCUCAACGUUCUGCCGGCACUACCAGAGUCCGAUCAUUCUGUGUGGCGAACAGAGUUGGAGCAAGGUGAAACCGUUUCUGCGUACACCGGCGACAAGCUACGAGAAAUUCGAAACUACCUUAGGUCCCCUUUCCGCAGAAGCGUGGGGAAUGAGAAAGAGGCCGCCGAGGCCACCGCGAAGCAGUUCCCAAUAGAUGCUGAUUUUGGCUACCUGAUGUUAGCCCUCGCAUCGAAUUCUCUGGUCUCCUCAGCACUCCACAAAGGAGCUUCAGGGUCAGGCGGUACUUUGCUUGGAUCAAAGAAUGAACUACUGUCGAAUCUGCCCUCCAGGAAUCCUAUGAAAUGGCUUGUUUGUUUUGGCCAUCCGAUACACGAGACAAAAUCCAAAUCCGGUGCUUCGUUUUCUUGUUCAGUCUCAGAUUCCAAGCCGUUGAAUAUCAAUCUGACAGGUGCAUUGAUCGAAAAUCUGUGGGGGUAUCUCAACCAAGAGAAGUCACGAACAGUUGCACCGCACUGGAUACGAAACGACAGUGGACUGACUAUUCGUUUUCGGGAAGUGUUAGAGGCAGAACGGGUAGAUCGAGGAGAACGUGCUAGCAAAGUGACACUUUCGAAUGGGUCAGAAGUGCCCUUGUCAUUGAGACGGACCCUUUCCCAAUCAUGUGACCCCCAUAGAGCUUAUAUCCUCGUUGAACUUGGUAGCUUCGAAGACACAGCAGGUCGACUUGAUCACCAAGAGUUUGACGUGCAGAAGGGCUCCUUGUCAAACACCUUUUUCUACAAGGUUGUGGCCAAGGUCCCCGUGGACACAGCAGGCGUGCAUCGAUAUCCCCUAGAUCGAAACGUUGGGAUAAGAACUACUUUGGAAUCAGAUUCGCGCUCUCUUGGUUGGCUGAUUGUUCGGGUUGCUCUCCAAGGUGGCAUCAAGCUGGUGUCUAUAGAGUCGCCUCUGGCAUUGAAGAAUGAUACGGAUGCCGACCUUCUCUGCGAAGUUCAUGCCCAUAACAAGCUAUCGCUCGUCUGGCGGUGCCUGCUUUCUCGUUCGCAGUCAUCCAAGCAAACCCCGAUACUGAGCUAUGUUCCGGUUGACAUGGUGCCGUUUGUCAACGAUGACUCAUACGAAAUUUCUGUAGAGGCAUUGCCUCGAACCUCCAACUUCAGCCACGAAUCAGAGUUGACCUCCAACGGUGGAAGCAAUGCCAUUCAAGUCCGAGCCCCCCCGCCGUACUCUCGAUCGUCCCUAACCAAAGGUUUGAUCAAUGAACUCGACAUAUCUUUUAAAGGCUUGGAUUACUAUGGAGACCUGGCGGAGCAAGUGAAUCUCAAUGUGUGUUCGUUGAGAAUUGGUAUGUUCGAUGCAUCACAAAUUCGUAGCACAUCCAGUGACUUGAUUCCAGAACAGCGGAUGCUGCUGUUCAGGUCUCCGCUGGCUUUCCGAAAUUACCUUGCUUUCCCGAUUGCAGUGCAGGUUCGCAUCAAGAAGGAUCCGGCAGGCAACCGCGGAAGCUCUGCAUCACUGUCAAAGCUGGCCGAGGCAGACAGAUGGGAGGACCUGGGUAUCCUUGAAUGCGGAGAAACUGCGAGUUGGACAGGCGCAUUAUCGGUGGACACUGUGGAACUCCGAGUUCAGUUUGUCACAAUAGACCCGGAGACUCCGCGAAGAUUUGAAUCAUGGAGCACGGUUGUCCGCAUUCCUCCCAUGAGCAACGGGGACGCAAGAAGCGAUCUACGAGCUGCGGUCACCCUUCCGAAAUUGCAAAUUGCGGACACUUCAGGUUUGCCGCUCGAGCUUUCCCUCGCCAUAGAUGACGGCUCAAAGCUGUAUGACGCAGGAAAGGACGGCAUAAGACGCUUUGCCUCGGGAUUGGCGCAGGCUAGUCGCGUUGUGAGCUUUUUUGUGCCUUACUGGUUGGUCGAUGGCACUGGGCAGGAGCUGGAGUUCUCAGCAAGAAGCCUUGUUGCUGGUCAGUUUGACGCACGUGACGAUUUCAUUGGAGGCGGCGAAGCAUCUGGUUUCAAGCAACCGAUAGGUUUGACGUUGGGCCUCUCCGAGCUGCUUGAAGAUGCGAAAAUGGACCACCUGCCGUCCAAGUCGUCUUUCUCGAUUCUUCUGCUGGGCGACGACAGAUCAAAGAAACUGUCGAUUCGUCAACAUUUGCGACGUGAUCAUGAAGGAAAAGGAUUGAGAGCUCCUUGGUCAGAGACAGUUUCUUUGCGAAACGCUGACGGCAGACAUGCUGAUGUGACCGUCAUGCCACCUGUCGGCUACUUGAAGUCAUCAACGGGUGAUCUCACCGACACACUCGAGCCACUUGCACUUCGAUCCCGAGUUGUUUCGGCGCCAGACAAGUUUGGGGGCAAACUGGGAACAAAGCUGGUCCACGUUGUUUGUCGAUACGCCAUUGUGAACGAACUGGGUCGUGAGGUCGAAAUCAUAGCUGAGCACAGCCAUGGUAAGCCAGUCUUAAUUCGAGCUGAUGGGCGGCCAACUCCAUUUCACUUUGACGAUACUGGACCAAUUCAAUUCCGCCCGAAAGAAUUUGGUUGGGUUUGGUCUGGUCGCUUUUACAUUCGGGCUAACCGGAGAGAAGUGACCUUGCGAAUAAGACAUAAGUUGAGACGAGAAACAAUCAUUGUCAACGCCGAGAUUCACAGCAAACAGAAAUCUGGCACGAUCAUGAUCUUCCUUCGACCGGCAAGCCAUCCACCCUUCAGAUUCGAAAACAACACCAUGUAUCCGCUUCAAUUUGUGCAAACAUUCUUGUGCACCAAUGAGGACGACGUGUUGCGCAACAGAGAAGUGGCGUCUUCAGAGACGAUUCUACUUCCUUAUCAUCAUGAAGAUUUCGCUUGGGACGAACCUGAGCACGCAAGGAAAUCUGUACAGUUUGAUGCGGCAGACUUUGGAAAUGCAAUCGUUCAGCCGUCGAUGCUUGGUCGGUUUAACCUUGAUCGAAUGGCGCCUGGAACGGAGUUGAAAAUGGAAUCCGCUAUUUUUAUCGGGCAAGUGAUAGCGGACGGGCCUACCAGAGUUAUCCGAAUUUCGGAGUCAUCUAUGCCACAGCUCGCUCGAAUUGACGCUAAAGAGAUCAAGAUAAAGAACGCAGGCGAGAGAGCACACGUCACCUUCUCUGUCAGCAUUCGCCUCACUCACGGGCUUGGAGUCAGCGUGAUCGACUGGUCACCACAGGAGCUGCUCUUUCUCCGCCUUGAAGAAAUUUCUGUCACGCAGCGCGUUGACUCCUCCAACCAGACAAUCGAUGGAUCUAUUGGCCGCAUAUGUAUCGACAAUCAACUAUGGGUUUCUCCCUACCCCGUAUUGCUUGAGAUGGGUUCCAAGAGACUUGCAACAACUCUCGCUCAUAUUGCAAGGAGGAAGAACCGACGGCAUCGGGCUAUUACGAUUUCGAUAUGCCGACCACUUAUCUCAACAUCUGUGUACGGGGACUUGACCUUUCUGGAGUGGCUAGACCUUGUGACGGACCCAAUCAAUUUGUAUAUUGAUGGAAACCUUGCCAAUUCGAUUGCGAAGAUGAUGCAACAAGUGAUCGAGAUUGGAUCUGAGGGUGAUGAUUCGGCCGAAUCUCUCGACUCCACUCUUCGUAAAGUCCUCAGUCUUCCAGAAUCUUCAGAUCGGAAGCGCAAAGCUAUUAUGGGAACCGCUGAUGUUUACUCAGCUGGAGAUGCAGUGACCACAGCAGCAGUGGCAGCCAAGGCUCUUUCCAAUCGCGAGUCUAUGACAACAGCGUCGACUUCAGUAGCAGGUACUCCCGACCAGCAACCUUCCCUCAGCAAAGCGCGAAAGAAAUGCUACGUUGAAAAGCUACGAAUCUCCACUACCAAGCUAGAAAUCUCAUGGUCUGGGGCUCUCCCUCUCACGGUACCUCGCUUGAUGCCUCUUUCUCUGACGUUUGAAGGCCUCCCAUUGUUUCUCCGGCCAUAUUCCAGCUCUCAUGCAUAUGGUUCGUUGGAGGACCAUCUGCAAUCCCUACAGUCACAUUACCUUUCCGUCUGGAGAUUGUUUGAUGUCUUCCUUGGGCUUGCCGCGAAACCGACGUUUAUCAUCAACGCCUUUGUGUACACGUGGAGCGAAAGUAUUGCAUCCACCCUGGGUUCCAUGUCCCACAGCAUGGGAAAGGCAAAGGAGAAUUAUCUGCUCAAGUUGAGAGAAGCCGAACCUCAGCCAAUAUACGAAGACGGAUUGCCCGUGUCCAACCGCACCUCGCUGGGUUCAUUUCAGAUGAAGAUGUUGAAGCCAUUCUUCCGACUGCUCGCAUCCCUGCUGCAGUACUGUGAGGGUAUCACUGGCUUUGGAGCAAACCUCUUCCGAUACGAUCCAACGAAGUUUGUCGGCCGAAAAGUUGGCCUGGUUCGAACUCGCAACCCUCGUUUGUUUGCGAACGUUGACGGAAAAGACCUUCUUGUGGAGUACACCGAAGGCGAGAAUGCUGGCAAAGCUUUGCUCUCGCGUAUUCGGAUGGGUAUACACCUCGGCGAAGGCUACAUCUACCACGUUGAAGGCUUGUAUCAGAAGGUGGCAAGUGUUUGGUCCAACAGCAAGAAAGCUCAGGGAUCGCUGAUUCUCAUGAUUACGUUUGAGCGGGUGGUUCUGGUCAAGGGCGAGCUCAGCUUGGACUUUUGCGCGGUUCUUUGGGAAGUAACAUUCGACAAUCUGAUACACGUGGAGUCUGCGGAUUCGGAUGACGCUGGUUUUGACCUGCUAACCUUUUGGUACCUUGCCAAUUCUCUACGUGAAGCCAAGAAAGGGGACGAGCAUCUCAUGGCUCGGUACGCCAAGUCGAUCGUGGCCGAUGCUGACCAUGGAUUUGAAAACCUGUUGUGCACGCAGGUGUAUAUCCCGCACGGUCACGUGGACGUGCUUGUUGAGAAGGCCUAUGCCACGAAGAAAUUGGUACGGGUGUGA